CUCAAUCCGCCAUAUAUGAUGUCGCAGAUUCGCCAUAAACGUUCGCUAAAGUAAUUUUAAUACAAUAAAUUCCAUUUAAAAAUGUUGUUUAUAGGCAAACAUACAGAUAAGAAGUAUUUGUCGUUUUUUGAGCUACUGGUUUAAUUCAGAAGCAUGGACCCAGCGCGAGCAGAGGGAUCUUCAGUCUUCAUGUGUAAAAUAUGCAACCUGUUCUCUCCCGAAAAAUCACUGCUCCAGUCUCAUGUACUCGAGAAACACACUGGCGAAGGUGGAGAUGCAGAGGACAUUAUUAUCCACCUCAAACCUUUACAGUCUCCACAUAUACCAGAUGGCAUCAAAAGAAAAAGAGGUAGACCAAAGGGAUCCACUAAGAAAGCCCAAGCAGAGGAACAGAGGCAUAACAAAUUGUUCAGUCCAUCAAACAAAGAGGUAUCUGAUGUGCUGUCAGAAUCACCAGUGAAACCACAACAUGCCGAAGACGACACUGGUUUGGAGUGUAAAAAAUGUCAACGCAAAUUCAGCAACAAACGGCAGAUUUCCAAACAUAUCUGUUUCGCACAACUUAAAAAUGUUCCUGAUGAGGAUGACCUCCACAAUGAGGACCCUGGUUCGAUUGAGAUAGUAGAAGAGGACGAAGAAGACGUCGAAUGCUCACCAAAGAAGUUGAGAACAGCGAAGGGAGACAAAGUCUCUGGUUUAAAGGAACCUGAGUCAGCAGGCUGCAACAAAAACCCCAUCGUUAGUGUGGUUCUUGCAGCACAUGAGGCCAUUCCCGGUGCCACAAAAAUUGUUCCUAUUGAAGCUGCUCCAGCUGAGGCAGUUAUGCCACCUGAUGGCACUGCAGGAGACUCCACACAGAAGAAAGGUUACCAAGAAUAUGCCAUACAGCAAGCUGCAUAUGAAGUGCCACUGAAAUCCAACAGGAUAGGACAGACCCAGUUGAAAAUUUUCACCUGUGAAUACUGCAACAAGGUUUUCAAGUUCAAACAUUCACUUCAGGCCCACUUACGAAUCCACACCAACGAGAAGCCGUUCAAAUGCAGCCAGUGUGACUACGCCAGCGCUAUCAAGGCCAACCUCAGCGUCCAUAUGCGGAAGCACACUGGGGAGAAGUUCAGCUGUGAGCACUGCUCAUUUAACUGCCUGAGCAAGGGUCACCUUAAAGUGCACGUGGAGAGGGUGCACCAGAAAAUCAAGCAGCACUGCCGUUUCUGCAAGAAGAAGUACUCCGACGUCAAAAACCUGCUUAAGCACAUUCGAGAAAGUCAUGAUAUGGAAGACGGAAAAGUUAAAGACUCUUACGACAAGUAUAGGCUUCAGACCAGAGAAGGCAAGAGACAGCUGCUGUACGACUGUCAUGUCUGCGACCGUAAAUUCAAAUACGAGUUAGAGCGAGAUCGGCAUCUGAUGGUCCACGGGAGCAACCGACCGUAUGGCUGUGAGUUGUGCGAUCAUGGCUCGACAAAGUUUCAAGCUCUUCAGGCUCACGUUAGAAAGCAUCCCUUUGUGUACGUGUGCUCAGUUUGCCUGCAGAAGUUUGUCAGUACUGUGCGACUCAAGAUGCACUUCACGGAGUCUCACCCAGAAAUGGACGAAUCCGCGACUUUCGCUGAAUCUAUCAAAAACAGUUUCUGCCUGUUGAAACCUGGGGAUGAUAUUCAGCGGGACAUGCUGAGACAAGAUGAGCUGGAAAUUAGCAAUGAGUUGUCUCUUCUCAAUGCACAGGAAAUGCCUGCCACUGAAAUGGACAGCGUAGAGGAGCAAGAGGUUCAUGGACCUGGCAGUUUAACUCCAGAGGAACUGGUACAUGAUCCCCAAAAGGAUAUAGCUUCAACAGGGAUCAACAACUGCUCGGUUAUGGAUACUAGUGCAGCUGUGAAAACUCAACCGCAUGGGAGGGUCUCUGAGGAUUUGCUUGACAGAGAACAGCUGCAGGACGAUUUGCCAGAUGUGGACUGUAGUGAAACGGAAUAUAAUAAUUCUGGUGAAGCAAAUACAAAUUUGUCUACGCAAACUUCUACAGCUGAGAUACAAUGCAUGUUACCAAAAGAGCAAAUCGUGUCAGAGGUCACAGACAUCUCUGUUACGCAGUGCAAGAACGAGUCUGGUGUUACUCGGAGCAGCCCAUCCCAUAGUGGUACAGAGGAAAUGGCAACCUUACAGGGAAAAUCUGCUUUUGCACAGAUUUUAGAACAAAUGCAGAAAAGACAACUAAACCUGGAGGUUUUUGAAAGAAUAAGGAAAGUCUAUGGAGAUCUGGAGUGUGAAUACUGUGGUAAGCUAUUCUGGUACCAGGUGCACUACAACAUGCAUGUAAGAACACAUACACGGGAACAUCUUCAUUACUGUUCCCAGUGCAGCUACUCUUCCAUUACCAAAAACUGCCUGAAGCGUCAUGUAAUCCAGAGACACAGUAAUGUUCUCCUCACAUGCCCUUCAGAGGGAUGCCAGUACUCCACGCCUGACAAGUACAAGCUGCAAGCUCAUAUUAAAACGCACUCGGAAAUUGUUAAGAAGAGUUUUGUUUGUCCUGUCUGUAAGAAGGUUUUUCCAGAAGACAAGCUUAGGCAUCAUAUCAAAUCGAACCAUCCAGAUACAUCACUAACAACCACUUUAGAGGCGCUGGGAAUACGUGCCCAUGUAAAAGGCGUAAUAGGAAAACGUGCUUCUAAAUGUCCGUACUGUGACUGCUACUUCACAAGGAAUGGAACUGACAUGCAGCAGCACAUCUGGGCCCAUGAAGGAGUAAAACCCUUUAAAUGCUCGUUGUGUGAUUACGCCUCACGCAGCAAAAGCAACCUGAAGUCUCAUUUCAACAGACACAACACGGAGAAGAGUCACCUGUGCGAUCUGUGCGGGAAGAAGUUCAAGUCCAAAUGCACACUAAAGAGCCACAAGCUCAUGCACUCAGCUGACGGUAAGCAGUUCAAAUGUACCGAGUGUGAUUUCACUGCAGCACAGAAGCCACAGCUCCUCCGUCACAUGGAACAGCACGUCUCCUUUAAGCCAUUCUGUUGUGCACACUGCCACUACUCGUGCAACAUCUCAGGUUCUCUUAAAAGACACUACAACAAGAAGCAUCCUGGGGAGCAGUACAGCAACGCAGGUCCUGGAACACCCACAUCAGAGACUGUGAUCGAACAAGGAGGAGUGAAGUGUCCAUUCUGUAACUACGUCUAUGGAACAAAAUGGGAAAUGAACAGACAUUUAAAGUGCAAGCAUGGAUACAAAGUUGUUGAGAAUCAGUGGGAGAUAGUAGAAUCAGAGGAACCCAACACCCAGUAUCUCCAAAUUGCUGAGACCGAGGACGUGCAAGGAACAGAGGCUGCUGUUUCAGUGCUGCAGAACCUUCGCUUUAACGCACAGAACGGUGUCGUCUCAGCCGCAGCUGCAGACAGACUGGAUCCGGCAUCAGUUAAUAUUCUUCAGCAAAUAAUCGAGCUUGGCACAGAGAACCCUGAGACUGUGGCCUCCGUGGUUGCCAUGGCGCCUGGCACAGUCACCGUGGUGGAGCAGGUGACGGAGGAGGAGCAGCAGACAGACCAUGCCAUGAUGAUCCAUGAUGCACUGCAGCAGGCCACAGUGGGUCUGGGAGAAGAGCAUCACUUGGUGGUGUCUUCAGACGAUGUAGAAGGCAUCAAGACAGUCACGGUUUACACGCAGGGCGAGGACGCUUCGCAGUUCAUCGUCUAUGUUCAGGAGGCUGUCCAAGCUGAAGAGACCACUACAGAGGUGACCUAAAAGACUUUUGAGCAUUUAGAAGGUGGAAAAAAUGGAAAGGUUUUCAAAAGCUUGGAAGGAUGUAGAAGAUGCAAUGAAAUGUGUCGACGAGGUAAUGCUUAAAAAAUCGAGGCAGUAGAUUCAUGCAGUACAUGAAAAUCAGGAUAUGAUUUUUUUUUUCUUUAGAAAAAUACAGAAGUCUACUGAAAAUCUCCUUUCCACUUAUCGUUUGUAGCUUUUUUUAAGAAUACAAUAAUUUUGAUGCAUUUCAGUGUUACAGUACCGAACGGAUUUGUUUCCCAUGUCAUUUUUACCCAAGGUCAUAUGGACUUUAUGUUCAGUAAAAUCUGAGCGAAUGUGUGUGAUUUGAUGUUUUAUUACAGAGAUGUCGGAUUCACGAUUCAAAAGAUUCCGAAAUAUGGUGGAAGUUCACGUAAACAGAAUCCAUAAACAUGUGGAAAUGUUUGUUUUCUGUAAGGAGACUUUACAACAUGAGAGACUUUAGGACAGGAUUUUGUGCUUUCCUGUUUUUUGGUACUAUGACGAGAUGCAUUUUUUGUCAUACAAUGGGCAAAAGAAGCUGACGAGGGAAAGAAUGCAGGGAUUGACAAUGAUAGCAGGGUACAGCUGCUGUAUUAUAAGUGAUAACAGGAACGACA